AUGUAUUUAAUUUCUUGCCGUCCACUAUUUCUUCAUCGUGUAAAACAACAGCUAUGGACAAUAAAACCGUGUAUUCGCACAAUAACUGAUACUUAUAUAUCUGAUGAACAAUUUAAAAUAGACGACGAAGAUUCUACUCAAACGAAAUCGUUUGUUCAUGAUUCAUUGAUGCAAUCUAUACAAUCUUGUUCAUCGUUAUCGACAUUGUUUCCACUUGUUCGUGCAAAUUUACCUCAACAUCGCGCACAACACAUAGCAGCAGCAUUACUUCGCGCCUGUAAUAUAGUACGUUCAUGUGCUUAUUUUCAUCCAAUAAAUAUGGAACAUUAUCGUAAAAAGCUCUUAAUUCAUCCCAUAUUUGAUCUUCUAUGUCAUUUAUGUGAACACCGUCUACUUGAAUUAAAUUUUGAAGAUCACGUUAACAUAAUGUCAUCAUUAGUAAAAUUAGAUAUACGUAUGACGUCAAGUGAAAGUCCAUUUCUACGCCAUUUAUUUACUGCAUUAGCGCAAACUGAAUAUAUUGAAAAAUUUGAUUUAAAUCUAUUGAAUCGUUUUCUGAUUGCGCUAGUGAAAAAAUCCAAUCGACAUUUACUUCUUCCAUUAUACAAACCAUUGCUUGAACGAUUUCGUCAAUUGCUAUUUGAAAUUGGGCCUUCACAUACACCAUCAACGAUUAAAUGUACGAUUGGCAUAAUGCAUCUCUUAGGUAUGGCUAUACCAUUAUCGAGCAAUCAAACUGAUGAUACACAAGCACGUCCAGAUACACUUGUUCGUUUAUUAACAUUAGGUGGAAUGUUUCCCGUACAAAUGAAAAAAUGGAUACCACACGCAUUCAUAAAUUGGAAUGUGAAUUUAAAUAGAAUAUUAUGGUUUGAUAUUUAUCUGAUAUUAUCAUCAGCUAAAAGACAUUUCCGUCCAUUGAACGAUCUAUUUGAUCUAGCUGUAACGAGAUGCAACAAUGAGCUUGAUCAAAAUAAUUUUCUUGUUGACCAUGAUACUCUCUAUAUGACAUGCGCCUUAUAUAAAUAUUCAAGGAUAAAAUUAAAACUUCGAUUAAACAGACGAUUACAUAUGUGUUUAGAUAAUUUUGAUCCACACGAAAUUUGUCUUCUAUAUCAACAUGUUAAUCCUGAUACAUGUAAUGAUUGGGAACUAUUAGCACGUAUGCAUCACAAAUUGAAACAGAUAAGUUUAUCCAAUGAAGAAUAUGAAAGUGAUUUUUGGCCAAUGCUUUCUGUAUUAACUGAACAUAUUAAUAAAAACAUAGAUUAUUACACGACAGAAACAGCUGGCGCUGAUUUUAUAAUGCAUUUACGUGCUGAAAUCGAACGGAAGAAAUCACGAGCUAACGAAACAUGGUUUAUACGUGAUCAAUAUUUACUUAUUCUAACAUUCUAUUUAAAAUAUGCGUUGAGUGGAACUGCUAUUCCAAGAAAUAUUAUGACCAAUGCAGAUCCGAUGAUAUCUCAAGCGAAUUUAAAAGAUACGGGAACACUUCUUGCUGGAUAUUAUAAUGCAGCAUCAUCAGGACUACCCGAUGCAGCUAACAUGACAUUUCAACGUCAAAUAAAACAAAUCCACGAAAUGAUUGUUCACCAUAAAAUGGAACAUCUAUCAAAUUUAUCAAUAUAUCCAUUUAGUCAUAUAGUCAAUUUUUUAAGUUACAUAACAUCAUCACGUUAUAGUAUUGAUACACCAUUGUUAGAACCAUUUUUCGAACGUUUAAAUACAUUCGAUAGUCAAACAUCGUUAACUUUACGUGAUGUAAAUAAUUUAUCAUUAUUAUUUUCUCAUUCAGCACGUCUUUAUCCUUCGCUACUGGAUGCCAUGUGUUCAACAUUAAUUGAUACACAAACAACAUCUCUACGAUUAAUUGCGACAUUUUGUCGUUGUUUAUAUAAAGUUAAUUAUAAACCUGAACAAAUCAAUGAUCUAUGUUCGUUAGCUCGUCAUCUUUAUGCCAACGAAGAUGAAAUACGCCCAAUUGAUAUGCUUUGGCUAUCAAUGACGAGUACUGGUUUAUUAAACCAACUCGAUGAAAAAUUACUAAACGAUAUUUUUUCAUUAUCAUUUCUUGGCAAUAUUGAUCAAGCAUCAUCGAAAAAAAAUUCUAUCCAACUUGGUCAACCACUAUUUCGUUUAAAUCAGAUUGUAUGUAUUGAUCAUCCACAAUUAAACAUUCCAUGGUUUAACGAUCGAUUUGGAUUCGAAGUUGUUCUGCCAGAUACGCGGCGUCAUUGGAUGGCUCGAAAUACUACAUUUGAUCAUAUUGAAUCAAAUUUAACAACAAUGCUUGGUGGCAAACAAUAUCUUCAAAUACACACGUUUUCACCAUAUUUUCAUGAAAUUGAUUUUGAAUGUAUUCUACGGUUGGAUAAUCGCCAGCCAGUUCGAUGCGAUCAAUAUGAUUUUACGAAGAAUAUAGGUGGAAAUAAAGAACUUCAUAUUCCCGAAGGAUGUGAACGGGUGGCAAUUCUAGUAACAACACCAAAUCAUUACUGUCAUAAUACGACACAUUAUGUUGGUUCAGUUGAAGUCUCAUUUCGCCAUUUGAAAAAACUCGGUUAUCAACUUGUUAUUCUUCCUUAUUACGAAUUAGCAACUAUUGAAUCGUCUGCAAGUCGUUUUCGUUAUUUGCACAACAAAUUGUUUAAGAAUAAUCAAUACACAAACUCAUAUGUUGGAAGCAAAAGCACUUCGGUGAAUCCUUUGUGA